AUCCUCUUUCUCCCUCUGCUCAGGAAGGAUAGCCAGCCUAUUUUUGACAAUGCUCACAGAAAAGUGCUUGGGAUUUGUUUAUUCUGGACUAUGUCUCUGGGCAUCCUUGUUCCUGUCUUUCUUUAAAGUCUCUCAGCAGGGCGAAAGCCAGAGACGCUUGUACAGAGAACUGCUGAGAAACUACAAUCGUCUUGAACGACCAGUAGUGAAUGACUCCCAACCCCUUGUAGUCGAGCUCCAGCUUUCUUUGCUGCAGAUAAUUGAUGUGGACGAGAAGAAUCAAGUGUUGAUCACAAAUGCUUGGCUGCAGAUGUACUGGGUUGACGUUUACUUGUCUUGGGAUCAGUAUGAAUAUCCAGGGGUGCAGAACUUGCGAUUUCCAGCCAACCAGAUUUGGGUACCAGACAUUCUUCUGUAUAACAGUGCGGAUGAAAGAUUUGAUGCGACAUUUCACACAAAUGUGCUGGUGAAUUACUCUGGAUCCUGCCAAUAUAUUCCUCCAGGCAUUUUGAAGAGUACAUGUUACAUUGACGUCCGCUGGUUCCCCUUUGAUGUGCAGAAGUGUGAUUUGAAGUUUGGCUCCUGGACUCACAGUGGCUGGUUGAUUGACCUGCAGAUGCUUGAGGCUGAUAUUUCCAACUACAUCUCAAAUGGAGAAUGGGAUUUAGUGGGUGUCCCAGGAAAGAGGAAUGAGAUGUACUAUGAAUGCUGUAAAGAACCAUACCCAGAUGUGACGUACACCAUCACCAUGCGCCGACGCACCCUCUACUAUGGCUUGAACUUACUUAUUCCCUGCGUUCUCAUAUCUGGCUUGGCACUGCUUGUUUUCCUUUUGCCAGCUGAUUCAGGGGAGAAGAUUUCUUUAGGUAUCACUGUCCUGCUUUCCCUGACUGUAUUCAUGCUGCUUGUGGCUGAGAUCAUGCCUGCAACUUCUGACUCAGUCCCACUAAUAGCUCAGUAUUUCGCUAGCAUCAUGGUCAUCGUUGGUCUGUCUGUGGUGGUAACAGUGCUGGUUCUGCAGUUUCACCAUCAUGACCCGCAAGGAGGAAAGAUGCCCAAAUGGGUCCGUGUCAUUCUGCUGAAUUGGUGUGCUUGGUUUUUACGAAUGAAAAAACCUGGGGAAAAAGUAAAGCCUCUCUCUUGCAAAUACAGCUAUCCCAAGGAGCAUCUGAGUGUAAACAGCAUGGAGAUGAAUGUUCUACCUGGGCACCAGUCCAGCAAUGGCAACAUGAUCUAUAGCUACCACACAAUGGAUAAUCCAUGCUGCCCCCAGAAGAAUGAUCUGGGUAGCAAGAGUGGAAAGAUUACUUGCCCCUUACCAGAAGAUAUGGAGCUUGUUCAAAAGAAAGCUUUAAUGGAUACUAUUCCAGUGAUUGUGAAGAUCCUGGAGGAAGUUCAGUUCAUAGCAAUGCGCUUCAGGAAACAAGAUGAAGGUGAAGAGAUCUGCAGUGAGUGGAAGUUUGCAGCUGCUGUCAUAGACAGAUUAUGCCUGGUUGCAUUUACCCUUUUUGCCAUCAUUUGCACAUUUACAAUACUCAUGUCUGCUCCAAAUUUUAUAGAAGCUGUUUCAAAGGAUUUUGCAUAAGGAUUUCAAAGAUGAGCACGAUAAUUUAAAAGUUAGUAUUGCCAGUAAUUUUGCUAGGUAAUUUAACUCAAAUAGAGAAGUGUACUUAUAUGUGCUAACAUACACAGAUGGGGAUGAAAAUAAUUUCAGGAGGUAAUUAUUCCUGAUGUUAGUGAUUCUAGUUACUGAAUAGUAAACAUAUUGAGCUCUGUUACUUAUUUCAUAGACUAGUGCCCUGCGUAAUUAUAUCAUGAUCUGUGACAAAUGAUAGACAAGAAUUCAAAUCUACAAUAUUACAAGUUAACAGUAGUAUCUAUGUGUUACUAUGAAUUUGUGAACCUUUAGAUACUGUUAUUAAUUUAAAUGGCCAUUGUUGACUAUAAGCUUUACAGCAUUUUGUUGUUUUCAGUAUAUUUGUGGUUUACCAUUUUUGUUUAUUGUGGCUGUGACAUUCACUUCUCUGAUUAGACAGACAUAUGUCCACAGUCUUUUGAUCCUGUAUAUUG